AUGAUUGUGGGUUGCAAAAAUGCAAACCCCAUUACAGAAAAGAAUUUGUUGGUGGCGAUUGUUACAGAGAAUCAGAAACUAGCAGUGAAAACGUCCAAGUUAAUAUUUUUGAAUCAUGAACAAAGGAACUGCGCGCCGCCGCUGUGGAGUACCGUCGAGAGUCCGAGGUCAUCGUCAUUUAACGGAUCUCAUCAACACCAUCGGGUGGUGAAUGGUGGUGGAUUGAAGCAAGUGACUGCAGAGAUUUUUCCAGCGGCUCAAACGGUAGUGCAUGGCUCAAAGAAAACAAAGAAUGUGCUCUAUUGUAGAGAAGGUCCACCAUAA